AUGGCUGAUACACUUGAUGGCGAAGAAAGGGUAAAAAAUAUAACUCUUACUCCCCCAACCCCAAAAAUUUAAUAACGAGUGCUUGCUUUGUCUUAUUGAUGGGGCAUAAAAAUAAAUUUUCUUCUCUUUUAUUUUUAAGGUAAUUAAUAGACUGUUAUCAUGAUUAAAAUAAAUUUAAAACGAAAAUGUGCUUUUACAAAACUUUAAAUAAAAAUUACGAAAAUUGAUAAUAUUAUUUUUCUUGUUAAAAUGAACAUAGAAAAAAUAAAAGCCUGUGAAUUUUAAUCGUUAUUAAAUGGGGAAAGUUAGACUAAGACGAAUAAGAGAAGAGCUCAUUCCUCUAUUCCAUGGAGAAAUUUUUAGAUCAAAAGAAGUUCCAGAGCAUAUAAAAGAAGAAAUCGCAGAAAUUUAUACUUUGUAUGGAGGAGCUUCAAUCUUAAUGGAAAUCUGCAACGUUACUUAUGAUCAAAUGAAAGCUUGAAAAAACAAACUGAAAAGAAAUCCAAACUAUUUCAAAGAAAAAAUGCUUAAAAAAUCAAAUUGCACUAAUUUUUCAGAAGCAGUCCUUGAAAAAGCAGGUCUAGAAUAUGAACUACCAUUAAAAAGAGUUUUUUCAAUGAAUGAGACCAAAAUAAGCAAAAAAUAUAAAAAUAUGCCAAUCAGCCUUAGUGAUCUCAGAAAAGUUUUGCCUGAAAAAAUCCAAGAAAAAUGCGAUGAAAUAAAAAAAAUGAUAAAAAGGACAGAUGAUUGUAAAGGUUUCAAGAGGGAUGUGAAAGCAGAAAUCAUAAAAGUUGUUUUACAAUAUGGAGAAGUGAAACCUAUAGCUUUAUAUCUUGGAAUCAAAGAAAAAACUAUUCUUGGAUGAAGGGAAUUUAUACCGAAUGGGGUAAGUAAAUAUCAAUAUGAAGAUGAAUCCGGUCGGUUUUUAAAUAAAACUUCGAAUAUUAAUGAUAAUUUUCUGUAG